GGACACAAGGUUGGACCGACACAGUGGAGUGAUGCGAUCAGGAAGGCGGACGCAUGCGCAUUGCGGGGAUUUGUCACGUGGACGAUGGAUGGGCGAAUUCAGCAUGAUGACAGUGAUGUGUGUGCUCUGUCGACGUCUCCUGGUGGCAGUCCGACGGAUGUGACGGGUGCGACGUUUAUUAUUGGUUCGCCGGAUUUCAACGCUACGUCGGCAAUGCGGGGCAUUAUGUUUGAGCCAGAUGCUAAUGAUGACGACGAUGACGAAUUCCUUGGUGACACAAGAACAGACAGAAAGCGAGCAAGACGAAUGGCUCACACUGUUGCAGAACAAAGGCGACGCGAUCAAAUUAAGAAAGGAUAUGACGAGUUACAAACUGUUGUUCCGACAUGUACUGACCAAAGUCCUGCUGCUCAGAAAGUAAGCAAGGCAGUUGUAUUGCACAAAGCUAUCGAAUACAUCAGUUUUCUUCAACAGCAGAAUACUCAGCUGGAAGACGAGUUGGGACAGUUGAGAAAGGAAGUGACCGCGUUGCAGAUUAUGAAAGCGAACUAUGAGCAGAUAGCACAAGCCCACAAAUCACAGCCGUCACACAGUCAUCACCAGGUCCCCGAUCAAACCAAAUUCGAUCUGUUCCGUACAAUCAUGGACACACAAUUCCAGACGUUCAACACGACUGUAUCAGUGUCUCACUUCGAUACACUGUCAUCAAGCAUUUUCAACUGGCUAGAAGAGUACUGUCAGCCACAGGUUAUGAGACAAAUCACGUUGGCCGCUCUACGAUCACUGAACUGCGUCUAUGGACCGUAAUAGACUAGCAUUGUUCGUGUGGAUAGUUGUAUUUUCUACUUAUAUGUAUAUAUAACAAACCAUGUUCGUGGCGGUUUCAGCUGCUCGUUUGUAACCAUAAAUGGUUGCAUCUCUGCUUUUGUGAUCAAUGUAGCAAGAAUUGCAUUUGGAAAUUUGAGCUAAUUACUA